AUAAUGCAUAAUCAGCUUCAGUUCAAUAUACUCAGAAACCCGCUCCUAUUGGACAGUGGCUCAGAGUUUGAAAGCUUAGCGGAAAGAAUUUCAAAGAUUCAGUCGACUUUACUUUCCCUAGGCAUAGUGUGAAAUAUCAUUUAAAAUGUUGAUGAUGCGUCGAGCGUGCGACUUUGUGGUCUUAGCCGUAGUUUUAGCUGUGUCUUCAACCGAAGCAAAGAUAAUUGAAUUUGACUCUUGUGGAUCUAUCAUUAGACCGAUAAUAGGGAAAGUCCUACAGAUUGACAUAACUCCAUGUGACUCUGAACCUUGUGUCUUCCGCGUAGGAGCCAAUGUUACCGCCAAAAUCACCUUCAUUCCCGAAGAAACUGUCCAAGAUGGUCUCAUCGAAUUGGUGGCUAUAUUUUCUAGAGGGGAGAGACUACCAUGGCCUCUGAAAAAUCCCUUUGCUUGUGAAGACCACAAUCUUAACUGUCCUUUGAAACCGAAAGAGCCUGCCACAGCGAUCAUACAGACUCGUGUUAUAGAAGAUAUACCCGGAAGCUACAAGCUUGUUGCUCAAGUUUACAUGGCCGAAACAAAACUGGAAAACUAUGUUUUCUGUUUCAGAAUACCUGUACAAGUAACUUACUAGGAUCAAAAAGGAACUCUCGCUAUUUUUACCUGCUGAUGUAACCUUACCAAAGUGGUCAGUACAAGUAUGUUUUCUCGACGGAGAUAAAAUAAAAAUAGUGUGUAGCGAAAACUUA